UCUUCUCUGUCUCCAGAUCAUCUCGGAGUCUUCAGACUAUCCGGAGUUACACGAGUCGGACUCUCAGCUUGGAACAAAUCAAGACCUUAAAAACCCGAGGAAUGAGCUUUGAAUCCGGCCCCGGGAGCCUCUUCGUCUUGAAUCUGUCCGACCCCGGUUUGUCCGCAGCCAUGAAGUCCCGCCGGCCCAGCUGCACCGACUCCGGGUCCGAGUCCUCGGAGCCGGACUCCAAGAGCCCGGAGAAAUUCGAGACCGCCACGAGGCGACGGAUGGCGGCCAACGCCAGAGAGAGGAAGAGGAUGCAGGGUCUGAACACGGCCUUCGACCGCCUGCGCAAAGUGGUGCCGCAGUGGGGGCAGGACAAAAAGCUGUCCAAGUACGAAACCCUGCAGAUGGCCCUCAGCUACAUCGUGGCCCUCAACAGGAUCCUGACGGACCCCAGGAGGCACGCGGCUCCUCGCCGGCAGUGGCUGGACCUGCAGCUGGACGUUGUGCCGCCUGAAAGCUACCCGUGCCUGAUGAGGUACGACUGUGCUGCAGGACAGGAGUACGUCCACUCGUCCUUUCCUUACGAGUUUGACAGCCAUCACGUCCACGCGUGAACCGCCGGCCGGAGGACAACCGGACAUGUUGCUGGACAAUGUGGACGUCUUCCCUCUAGUCUGGGAGACAGUAAAUACAUUUGUAUUGCUUUAUCUUCGUCGCUGUAUUUAUUUUUUGCAGUUUGUUGAGCCUCAGAGAGGCUUUUGAUUUUAUUUUGAAAUCUUUGUCGUGUUUUUUGAUAUAAAAACCAAGUCCUGCUGAGCAAAUUCUUGUUCAAAUUAUAACCGUAAAAGAGCUUGUAGGAGGAUUACGACUGAAUGAUUAAAUGUAACAUGAGGUAUUUUUGAUACGACCGGGGGGGAAAAAAGAGCAAUAUGGUGCAAUCUUUGAUGAAUUGUGAGACAAUCAUUGUGGUCCUACAGUUAAGAUGCCGUGUUUGUAGAGUUUAAAUAUAGAUUUUAUUUUUUUUCACAAACUUCUAUUUUGUUUAAAAGAUUUU